CCUUUGAUGACAAAGUGCAUCGCGUCUCGCCAAGAUCUAUAGAUUGAGCCCGAAUUCAGCCUGAAAUAGCCAAAUAUCGGCCGAAAUGCAACGUGAGAAGAGCUCUGCAGUCACCGUAGCAGCGAAACUGGCUCGGCAGAGCAGCUCGGAAGCCAGUAUCAGACUCGCUGGCGGAUAAGUAUGACAUGGCUCGCAUCGCGUCUCGCCAGGAUCUAGAUUGAGCCCAAAUUCGGCCCGAAAGAGGACAAAAUCGGCCGAAAUGCAACGUGCUCUGCAGUCAUCGAAGCAGCGAAGCUGAGCUGAAAUCUCAGCAGAGCAGCUCUGAAGCCAGUCAGAUUCGCCGGCGGAAAAUUAUGACAUAAUGGUCUGUGGCGAGAAUGAUUGAGGAUCCCGACUUUGGACAACCUAUUCAGAACGCGACAGUGCCCCUCGGACGCGAAGUGGUGCUGUCUUGCGUGGUGGACCACCUAGGCAAAUAUAAGGUGGGCUGGCUUCGAGCGGAGGACCAGACGAUUCUGACGCUGCACAACAAGGUGGUGACGCACAACUCGCGCAUCUCGGUGACCCACGACAACCACCGCACGUGGAAUCUACACAUCAAGCAGGUCAAGGAGGCUGACCGAGGGUGCUACAUGUGUCAGAUCAACACCAACAUCAUGAAGAAGCAGGUCGGAUGCGUCGAUGUUCACGUUCCGCCUGAUAUUCUCUACGACGAAACGAGUGUGGACCAGGCAGUGCAGGAAGGAGAGAAUGCCACUCUCGUGUGUAGAGCCACUGGACAUCCACCGCCUAGGAUCACCUGGAGAAGGGAAGAUGGAGAUCCAAUCCUAAUUAGGAAAGGCCAUAGAGAAAUAACAAAAGUGGACACGUAUAACGGAAGCCUGAUGCACUUCUGGCGACUGGAUCGCAGGCAGAUGGGAGCUUUUCUCUGUAUCGCCUCCAACGAUGUGCCCCCUGCCGUUAGCAAACGAAUCAUCCUCAACGUCAACUUCUCGCCCGUCGUAAAAGUGCCGAAUCAGCUGCUGGGUGCACCACUUGGCACUGACGUGCAGCUCGAGUGUUACGUGGAGGCCUUUCCCAACACUAUCAACUACUGGAUCAAGAACAGAGGCGAAAUGCUGCUGAACGGGCCUAAGUACGUGAUCACGGAGAGCAAAGCCACUUACAAAGUGUACAUGUCUCUGGUGAUCCGCAAAUUCAGCCACAGCGACAUUGGAACCUACAACUGCGUCUCGACCAACUCAUUAGGAAGAGCUGAGGGGACUUUGAGACUCUACGAAAUAAAAUUAAACCACGGUAAUCCUCCCGAAUCGACAGGCAAUCAUGUCGCUGUAGUCGGAGGUCUAGCAGAGCCACCCCGAGGGCAGUCUUCGCGUUCAAACAGCGCUGCCGAUGCGGUCGAGGGCGAAAUGCGCGCCUCCUGUGCGAGCAGCUGGGGCGGUUUGCCCCUCUUGGUCGUCUUGUUCCUCCUCGUUUGCAGAACAAAUCACAUGGUGUGGUUGGCGAGCGCCAGAUGACAUGUCUAGGCUAGACGCAAACUAGACGCCAGCCAGCCAGUCCCCUGUUCGCCCCCCUCGUCGAAUUGAUAUAUUUGUCUUGUGUAAAUAAAAAUACUGCGAGAGUAAAUGAGAGCAAUUAACAAUGAUUAUCAUGUUUCGUCGAGACGCGGAUUAACGCGUGGGAGCAGCGAAUGUGUGCGCAUCUGCUACACUCUCUCUCUCAUAAAUAAGCAUUAACACACACACGAGGUGAAAUACAGUAAGUAUGUAAUUAAAUUGCAUGGGUGCGAGUGUGCAAGUCCGAAUGGAUGAUGCGUUUUACCGUAAUCAACUUGAUCUUAAUACGAAAAAAAUUGUUUUUUGUUUGCAAAAAUAUUUAUAUUUUGAUUCAAAGAGGUAGUUUUUUUUUAGAGAGCUGUGUAAAUAAAUUGUUGGGAAGUUAAGCUUAUGAUUGGAUUGAGAAUUAUUUUAAAUUUUUUACCUCUCAUUGUAAGUUUAAGACCUCUUUUGUGUGCCAAAUUCAAUUUAAUAAACCUCUUCUACUUUUUAAUUUUUUUGGAAGAAAUACAUCAUGACGAACUACUUUUCUCUUAUUCAAUGUUUGGUAAACUUUUCAAUUAUUUCCGCAUACCUUGUAAUUCUACUUUGACAUUAUUAAGGAGACUGAUAAGAUUAAUUCGUAAGCUCUUAUUGAUAUAAAUGUAAUUAAAACUAGCAACAGAUUUGCAUUAAAAAAGCUUAUUAGAAUAUACGCAGAACGGCGAAUUAUGUAUGAGUUUUCAUCGUGAUCUCCCAAGAUAACUGUUACGAAAAUCCACCCAUUUUAAUAAUGGAAGAUUGUUAUUAUAUUGUGUAUAACAAAAAUCAUAGGAGCCAUUGUAAAACUACCGAUAAAAAAAAAAUAUCUCAAUGUGGUUUCUGGAAUAAUUCAUUACUCGAUAUACAGCUUCACUGAAUUAUUCAAACGAAUUUGUUGACGAUUUUUCAAUGUGAAAAAAGACGCGUUUUUUCCACAAGAUUUUAUUUGAAUUUUCUAUCAGCAUCUGUAAUGCAGCAUCAUACGA